AUGGUGGCGGGAUAUGCCAGAAACGGGCAACUUGAUCUGGCGAGAGAGGUUUUCGAGAGAAUGAUCUUGCGAGACUCGGUGUCGUGGACGACGAUGAUCCGGGUUUACGUUGCUGGAGGAGAGAUUGCCGAGGCCAGAGCUUUGUUCGAGAGGAUGCCGAUGGAGAACGUCGUGGCCUCUACGGCAAUGCUCCAGGGCCACGCCGAGAAUGGAGACUUGGAAGAAGCGAGAGUUUUGUUCGAGAAAAUCCAAUGCCCCGACGCGAUCGCGUGGACGACGAUGAUGAACGCUUACGCCAGUCAUGGUUUCCUUGAAGACGCAAAGACCAUCUUUGGUCGGAUGCCGGACAGGAACUUGGAAACUUGGAACGCGCUCAUCACAGCGUACGCGGAUCACUGUCGCGUGGAGGAGGCCCGGGAGCUGUUUUACAAGAUGAAACUCCAUCUCCUGGAAUGUGAUGCUCCAGUCGAGCGUGGAGAGAGGCGAGCUUGUCCAAGCGAAGGCCGUUUGAUCGGAUGCCUCAUCGUGGGACUCGAUGGUUCAAGCGUAUGCUCAAGAUGGUCACGUAAAACAAGCCAGGGACGUGUUCGAGAUGAUGCCGAGGAGGAACGUCGUGUCAUUCACGACCUUGAUCCAGGCUUACGCAAGAAGAGGCGAGAUGGAGGAAGCAAAGGGGCUGUUUGA